GGGCGGAGUUCUUAGCGAGACAACAUAUCUAAAAUAAAUGGGCGGGCAACUGAAAUAUUCCUUCUAUAAAUAUACAUAAACAAAGUUAGACAUCAUCGCUGUAAUAUCCAGAGAUCCAGUUAGGUGUUUCCUAUGAAUCUUUUCUGGUAGUAUUGCAGUUCCUUGCUGUGGCGAUUGAAGUAGAGAGAAUAAUAUCUAUCACAAAUCUCCCUUGAAAAUGUGGAAAAUCACAAAUAUUUCCCUCGUGACUUUACUUUUGCUACACACUGUAUUCACAGAAAACAGUCCGGACAAAAAGCAGCUGGAUCAGUUAUCCGGUAAGCUGAAUAGAGAGUUAUCACUGGAUCAUUUAGCAAAUCAAUUAAGCGAGAAUAUUGAACCCCUGUCAAAUCGUUUAAUUGGAAAGCGUUUUCUGGAUCCACUGGCCAGUGGUCUUAUUGGUAAAAGAUAUCUUGAUCCAUUGGCCAGUGGACUUCUUGGAAAAAGAAAUUCAGAUGUUAACACUAGUAAAAAUCAUGCAGGAAACAGACAAAAAGAUGGAAUCUUGAGUCAAACAGGGAAACAACAUUUUGACCUCUUAGAUAGAGAACUUAUUGGUAAACGCUAUCUUGACCCAUUAGCUAGUGGUCUUAUUGGCAAACGCUAUCUAGACCCUUUGGCUAGUGGUCUCAUUGGUAAAAGAUAUCUUGAUCCAUUGGCUAGUGGACUUCUUGGUAAAAGAGACACACGCCUUGAUUCGAAAAGUGAUGACAAUCAAGGGACAGAUGACUACACGUCUAAUGAUCUUGCUAUUAAUGAUGCUGGAAAACGUUAUCUUGAUCCAUUGGCUAGCAGUAUCAUUGGUAAACGACAUCUUGAUCCAUUGGCCAGUGGACUAAUUGGUAAACGAUAUCUUGAUCCAUUGGCUAGUGGUCUCAUCGGUAAACGAUAUCUUGAUCCAUUGGCUAGCGGUCUUAUUGGUAAACGGUAUCUUGAUCCAUUGGCUAGUGGUCUUAUUGGUAAACGAUAUCUUGAUCCAUUGGCUAGUGGUCUUAUUGGUAAACGAUAUCUUGAUCCAUUGGCUAGCGGUCUUAUUGGUAAACGGUAUCUUGAUCCAUUAGCUAGUGGUCUUAUCGGUAAACGAUAUCUAGAUCCAUUGGCGAGUGGUCUCAUCGGUAAACGAUAUCUUGAUCCAUUGGCUAGUGGUCUUAUUGGUAAACGAUAUCUUGAUCCAUUGGCAAGUGGUCUUAUUGGUAAACGAUACCUAGAUCCAUUGGCCAGUGGACUAAUUGGUAAACGAUAUCUUGAUCCGUUGGCUAGUGGUCUUAUUGGAAAACGGUAUCUUGAUCCAUUAGCCAGUGAUCUUAUUGGUAAAAGAGAUGUGAACCCCAACUCUAGUAAAGAGAAUUCUGCAAAUAGCCGAAGUAAUGUGAUCUUGGAUCCAACGACCAAUGGCUCCGCUAUGAAUAAACGGUAUCUUGACCCACUAGCAAGUGGAAUCAUUGGAAAAAGACAAAAUGAAAAGUCAGAAUAAUCUGAUGAAAACAUUUAUCUACUUAAUGGUUUUGAGGAUAUUCAUGAAAUGAGAAGUGUAUAUGCUUAAAAAUGGAUCGAUUGAUUUGACAGUGAUGUUUGAUAAUAUUUGUUUUCUCUCUAUUUCAAAUGGGACAAUUUUCAUUGACAUCAAAAAACUAAAAGUAUAGAUAAAAGCAAAACAAAAACGAAUAAAACAAUCUAUAAAACUUUAUAAAAAAAAUAAAAAUAAAAAUAUCAUCUCCGAAACAAAUAUAUCCAACAUUAAUAGAGGAUGAUGUUUGAAAAAGAAAAGCUGAAAAUCGGUUAUUUUCUUUAAUGGUUCUUUGUGAAGUAGCAACUGUGAUUUUAUCGUUCUCUUUUACACAAAACAGGCUACCUAAAACAUACUGUAAACAAUUAUUUGUGAAUAAAACCUUUUCUUUUCUCCUCUUC